GAUCCCAGGACACGUCCGACAGGAACAUCCCCAGAGCUAAAUUGAAAGAGGAGCAAAGACCUCUAAAAAUUCAUUUGGAAACUUCUAAAUAUUCAUUACGGUGUAUAAGCAGCUAAAGAGAAAUUGGCGGCAACACAACUUAUUAAAUAAUUGAAGCAGGAUCAUGUGUGUCAUCAAAUUCUAUUCAUAAGUUGAAGAAUAUUUCUUUGAAUUUAAGAAUUGUAUGCACUUAAUAAGAGGAUGACCUUUCAAUUCAAUUUCACUAUAGAAGGUGAUCUGGGAAAUGAAUUAUCACUGCUAAGAGAAGGAGCUUUGACCCUUGAUUCUUCACAAGAGCUAGUCUCAGAAACUCAAAAACGAGAACAGAAAAACAAAAAAUGUUCUACAGAACAAUUUGACUUGUCUCAGGACCACUUGUGGGAACAUAAGUCAGUGGAAAAUGCAGCUACCUCUCAAGACACAGACCGCCUAUUCAAUGCAGCUAACAGUGCACGUAACUUGGAGCCCCAUGAAAAACAGCCUUGCUUGAGAGUUGCCAAAGAGCAUGCUAUACCUAAAGAUUUAAAGAAAAUGUUAGAAAAUAAAGUCAUAGAAACAUUACCAGGUCUCCAACAUGUUAACAUAUCAGUAGUGAAAACCGUCUUAUUGAAAGAGAAUUUACCUGGAGAAAACAUAGUUUCAAAAAGCUUUUCUUCUCACUCUGAUUUGAUUACCGGUGUUUAUGAAGGAGGUUUAAAAAUCUGGGAAUGCACUUUUGACCUCCUGGCUUAUUUCACCAAGGCCAAAGUGAAAUUUGCUGGGAAAAAAGUGUUGGAUCUUGGCUGUGGAUCAGGGUUGCUGGGUAUAAUUGCAUUCACCGGAGGGGCCAAAGAAAUUCAUUUUCAAGAUUACAACAGUCUGGUGAUUGAUGAAGUAACCUUACCUAAUGUAGUAGCUAACUCCACUUUGGCAGAUGAAGAAAGUGAUGUAAGUGAACCAGAGAUGAAAAGAUGCAGGAAAUUAAAAGUAGCACAAGAACUAUAUAAAUGCCGGUUCUUUUCUGGGGAGUGGUCUGAGUUUUGUAAGCUUGUACUUAGUGAAAAACUCUUUGUAAAAUAUGAUCUCAUUCUCACCUCAGAAACCAUUUAUAAUCCUGAUUAUUAUAGUACUUUGCAUGAAACAUUCCUUAGUCUGUUAAAUAAAAAUGGAUGUGUACUUUUGGCCAGCAAAGCACAUUAUUUUGGUGUAGGUGGAGGUGUUCAUCUCUUUCAGAACUUUGUAGAGGAAAGGGAUGUAUUUCAGGCUAAAACCCUUGAAAUAAUUGAUGAAGGGUUAAAGAGGUUCAUAAUUGAAAUUACUUUUAAGUACCCCAGUUAAUGUUCAAUGAUUGUCCUAAAUGAAAUAAACAGAAUGACCAAAA